CUCCAUAAUUCUCAUCAAUACUUCACCAUUAAUCAACUUUAAACCGUUUUCAUUAAUUCUGCGUUUGCGUUUAUCAUAUAUUCAAAACUGAUCUCCAUCAGAAAUGGCUGAAGAGCACCACAAUCAUCAAUUCAUCACCCCGGUCGAAGAAGCAGCAGUCGAUGUACCUGCUGCCGCCUCUUCCGUCGAGACGCAAGACAGAGGUAUCUUUGAUUUUCUCAGUAAGAAAGACGAUGAGAAGCUUACCCCGCCGCCACAGACUUACCCCGGAGAGGAGGAGGUUCUAGUCGCUGAGUUCGAUAAAGUUCAAGUUUCAGAGCCGAAGGUGGAAGUAGUAGUAGUAGAAGAAGAGAAGGUGGAUGAAGAGAAAAAGCAGAGCUUUUUUGAAAAACUCCACAACGAUAGCAGCUCCAGCUCUUCUAGCGAUGAGGAGGAAGAGGGAUCGGAAAAGAAGGAGAAGAAGAAGAAGAAGAAGGGUUUGAAGGAAAAGAUCAAGGAGAAGAUAACCGGAGGAGGAGAAGAGGACACGACAGUUCCUAUCGAGAAGUACGAGGAGGAGGAAGCUGUUGCGGCGGUGGUAGUCCCGCCUGAGGAAAAGAAGGGGUUUUUGGAGAAGAUCAAGGAUAAACUUCCAGGACAGAAGAAAACUGAGGAAGUUCCGGCGCCGGCGCCGGUAGCUGCGGUUGAGGUUGUUCAGGUGGAGGAGACGAAGGAGAAGAAGGGUAUUCUGGAGAAGAUUAAAGAAAAGCUUCCUGGGUAUCACCCAAAGACCACAGAAGAGGAGAAGGGACAGGGAUCCGAUUGAAUUGAUGAUGAUGAUGAUGAUGAAUGAUGAAUGAUGAAUAAUGCUUUGUGAACGUGAUUCCUUUUCUUUUGUUUUGCUUUUGUGAAUCAUACACAUUUGUUGUUGUUGUAUGAUCGUAAUAAUCUUAUUGCUUUUCGAUUUGUUUUCGGUUACUUUAUAUUAUUAUUAUUAUAAGUAAGUACUGCUUGUAUAUGUGCUUAAUUAUAUAUAUUUGAAUUAUUAUUAUUACUAUUAUU